GACAUGAUGUGUGCUUGCGCUGUCGAUACAUUUUUUUCCCCCACCUUUUUGACAGUCCUUCGCUGCCUCUGGGGAGCAGAUGGAGUUUCCCCGAGUGCUGACUCGGUUUUUGUGACUCUGCUUGUUGGAGCCGGGCGGGUGCUGGGUGUUUGCUGUUUCGUGAGACUCUGAAAUCUCAUCCAUUUCUUAAACAUUCUCCAUAGACCUAACGUUGUUUGUCAGCAAAAUUGACACAGGUGCAUUUUCCAGUUAUUGGUGUUGUCUACAAAAAAAUGACUUGAGAAACCUUUUAAGUGUGAGUCCCCAGAUCUUCUCUGUAUUCUUAACAGCAUCUGCCUCCUCUUCCAUGAUAGAGAUAAUGCUAAAUCUCAAGCCUGGUACAAGCUGACAAAGUUAAUUGUAACUCCUUUACUGGGGAGUAUCACUAUGCCCUAAUUUCCUCCCUCAUAUGUUUUACUGUAAUUCAUGUCCUUGUGAAUUUGUGCAACUGUGAAUGGUUGUAGAGAGUGCCCUCAGAGGGAGCAUUCUCAGACAGUGUAUUUGGAUUGCUGUAAGCCAUGCAAUUAUCCAGAGUCUUCUUAUAAAACCUCUGCAACAUCUUGUAGAAAACCCAAAAGAGAUUGAUGGUGAAGUAUUCAACUGUAUGUAUUUUCUGUUAAGUAUAACCAACACCUUGCAUACACUCCUCAUGAUGGUUAUCAUGUUUGCCUGUGGUAGCAGUUUCUGUGGCUGCUUGCUGUCUUUGUAGAGGUGAACCUGGGACAACAAUGGCCAUAGAUUUGCCUUUAUUUGAAAAAAGUGCUUCCCAGAUGGAAGCAGGGUGAAGGAAAUAGACCUGUGGUGUUAAAAUACACUAACCCAUGAGUUGGAAAUGGCCCUGGAAUGCUGGACUCGGGAAGCAGCCUAUAAAGUGGUGGGAGUGCAGUUGUGUUAAGGCUAAAGCUGAGGCAUAGGGAGCUGCCUGUGUGCUUUCAGUGUGCAGCUCUUGUUCCCACUGUACGCUAAUAUUGAGCUUCCACAUCUCCUUCAGCCGACUGUUAAACGUGUGAUACACCGGUGUUGCAGUGGGAAUUUUUGUGGUGCUCACUUAAUGUUUAUGAAGAGAUACUUACAUGUUAUUUACACAUUCACGACAAAGUAUCAGUAUACAUAUGUAUUUAUGUGUACAUGAAUGGACAGGAUUUAACUCUCCUGUUUGGGGAAUUGGUCAGCAAUAUCUAUAUGACUAUAAGAUCUGUUAAUUGUGUAUGUACUUGUACACCUCUGUAGAAGUAUAUUUCUUUAAGAAAAGAAAAAUAAUCUCUGUGGUUGCACACAAGCACUUAGGUUAAUGAAACCUGGAUGGUUGAACCAUGAAGUUGAUCUUCCAAGUGAUGUGUGUGCCAGUUGUUUGCCUGGGUUACAACAGUGAUUAGACAAAAUCAUGGGGCAAAAUUGUACCACAGGGAUUAUUUUAAACAUAAAUAUAAAACUUAAGGUAUUUAUAGGCUGCUUAUGAAAGGAAGCUGGAUAAAUAUCACUGUGUAUUUGCCUUACUGCUGGAUUUUUUCCCCUGAGCUUUGUUAUUAACUAUCGUUAGAUACAGGAUGUUGGGCUACUGGGGUCAUUGGUCUGUCCCUAUAGAGCUGUCCUUGUGUUCUGUUGUUGGGUUCUAGCAUGCUCAGAGUACAUGUUAUCAGUACGCCUGGAACAAACUCAGUUUAUCUCAAAGAACUAAAUGUGCUGCUUUUGCAAAAGUGCUGUCUCUUCUUUACAUCUUUGAACUUAGAGGAAAUGGUUGAGUGAUGAUGAAAUCUAGUUUUCUGGGGUUUUUUUCCCAUUUGCUGCUGUGAUGCUUCAGACAUUUUAGCUGAAACAUCUUAUAGUUGUUCUGAAAUCCAAAGCUCAAAAAUAUUUAGUAAACAUGAAGUAACUUCAUUUGGAACUUGGUCUGGAGUGUCAUCGCUUGAAAAUUGAAUGGAAAAAUAAAUCUGCUUUAGAUUAAAGUAUUAAUAUAUUGAGCAUAUGAGCUGCUUAACUUCUCAAUGUUGUUUGUAUCAGCAGGAUACUUUAUUCAGCUUCAAAAGCCAAGGAGAUGUGGAUUUACUUUGCCUUUGUGUCCUUUAUACCUUUGCAAAGCAGAAUAAAUCAGUGCUUUAAGAGUUGUACAGUUCUUUUGAAGUUACUCUCUAACAGUUACUCUGUAACAGUCUCCUUGCAAAAGCUGUAAACAAUUUAAAUACCACAGCCAGGAAGGUCCAUCUUGAGGAAUUUACUUGCGUGGUGUGGUGAAGAAGAUACAGCUGGUAGGAGUCAUGUGCUAAUGUAAUGCAGCCUGUCUUUAAAAUAAAAUAGUGAAGGGGAAAAUUGUGACCACCUCCUUCACCCCAAACUACAGGAAUUAAGUUUUCUUCUAUCCAAUUGGGUCACAUUGUAAUGGAAGAAAGUGGAGCUGACUAUGAUAUUGCUAUGGAAGGAUCUAACAAUUUGCUCAUAGGCAGCUGUAAUGGUACAGGAGAGUCAGAAACAAAUGAUCAGAUUUUUCAGAAGUUUCUACUCAAAGUACAUUUUACUGUUUUUCCUCUGUGAAAACAACUAACGUGCAUGGAUUCCAGGGAUCUAUUGUUUGGCCAGAGCGACUCUCCCCCAGCCCUGCCCAUCACAGUCCCCCUCUCGGGCAGUCCUCCUGCAUCGGCUGUGCCGGCGCGGCCGCCCCAGCCACGGUCGCACUCUGCCGAGGAAUUCCACCUGGCAGAGCAGCCCCGGCAGCCCCUGUGUGAGCUGCAGCCCCUGGGAGGGCCCAGUGCACCCAUGAUGAUUGUUGCCAGCCAGUCAGAAAAUGGACAGGUGCUGCAUGUCAUUCCUUCUGCCCAGCCAGGAGUGACCCAAGUGAUUAUUCCUCCAGGUCAGCUUCUGGAUGUGACCAGCACACAGGAUAUUUUGGAAGAGAAGUGUGGUGAUGGGAACCUGCAGACUGUGUUGGUGGCUUCUAUAGCAGACAGUGCAAGCAGUUACAUUCUACAUCCACAGACAUCUCUCACCGUAUCGAAAAAACCAGCCACCAGGCUAGCGGAAGAUUCUUUUCCCAUCCCUCUUCAGCCACUGCCACUAAAUACGCCUGCAUGGGCACGCCGUCUCAGGAACUUUGAGAGAAUUGGGGACUCGUACCGCGGCUAUUGUGUGAGCGAGGCAGAGUUAGAGAGCGUUCUCACGCUACACAAGCAGCAGACACAGAGUGUGUGGGGGACGCGCCAGUCUCCAAGCCCAGCCAAACCCGCCACACGGUUGAUGUGGAAAUCUCAGUAUGUCCCAUAUGAUGGGAUCCCCUUUGUCAAUGCAGGAAGCAGAGCCAUUGUAAUGGAGUGCCAGUAUGGGCCAAGGAGGAAAGGAUUUCAGCCCAAAAAAGCUGGUGAGCAGGAAAGCACCUCUAGCCAGCUGUACAAAGCUACUUGUCCAGCAAGGACAAAGUAUACUGAUGGAGAACUUUUUUUAUUCCUCCUUGGAAGGAUCUAUAUUAAAAAGGUUCAAAAGUUUCCAGAAUACAGGGUUCCUACUGACCCUAAAAUUGACAAGAAAAUCAUAAGAAUGGAGCAGGAGAAAGCAUUCAACAUGCUGAAGAAGAACUUGAUAGAUGCUGGUGGUGUCCUCAGGUGGUAUGUACAGUUACCUACUCAGCAAGCCCACCAAUAUCAUGAAAUGGAAACUUCCUGCCUCCCUGCUUCACCGUCCCAUCAUUCCAUGUCUUCUCCUGAGGAGGAGGAGGAAGUCAUUAGAGAUGAGAACAGUACUCUGCCUUCUCGACUUCACCCUCAAGUGGCAGACAAGAUCCGAGAACUGGUGUCUCAGGGAGUAGAGCAGGUCUAUGCAGUGAGGAAGCAGCUAAGAAAGUAUGUGGAAAGAGAAUUGUUCACACCUGAUGAAGUGCCAGAAAGACAUAACCUGUCCUUCUUCCCCACUGUGAAUGACAUCAAGAACCACAUUCAUGAAGUGCAGAAGUCCCUAAGGAAUAGAGAGAUGGUGUAUAAUUCAGAAAGUAUCCCAGCAACGCUGCAAUGGACCACAGACAGUGGGAAUGUCCUCACAGAAACAGUGACUGUUGCGUUUGCCUCACCACCUUCAGAUGGGAGCUCAGGAGUGGAGUCAGUCAUCACCAAAGCAGAAUCCAACCAGAGUGGGGAGUCCUUGAUACCAGAAACAGCUCAGCUCAUGUCUUCAUUCUCUUCACUUCAGCCCAAGAUAUUUGCACAACUUCAGGGAUUACAGCUGCAGUCAGCAUUUACCUCAACAAACGGAUCAGCAGCCCUGUUAGCUGUAAAUAACCAUUCCCCUUCCAGCCCUGCAGGUCUCCUGGAUUCCCUGGGGGGUGCAAUAGGCAGCCAUUCUCUAGCAUUGAGUCAGGGGCACAGUCUGCAAGCAGGUGCUGGCCUAACACAGGACAGUGCUGCUGUGCCUGCUUUUGGGGCUCUGCCUGCCUCUGAUCAGAGUCUGGUUGCCAUGGGCCAGCUGGUGCCAGCUGAAGGGGUGGAUGACUCCAGGGGCCUGGAAGGAGGAAUGCAUCAGAUUCUCUUGGGGGAUGUGCAGACUAUUCCAGUACGGAUUGUGGACAGCCAGCCAGCACUUUCUGAAGAAAAUACAGAGGGUGUUGUUACUUGUGUGAGCCAAGUUAAACAAGAACCAAAAGAGAAAGCAUUGUCUAUGGAAACAGAUAAAAUCAGAGACUGCCACAGUUCCUCACCAUAGUUCUUCGCCUUCACCUGUGAAGCCUGGAAGAAUUUUUCAAAAUGGAGAACUCUAAAUGUCUUGGAAGGAAAGGCAGGUGCUCUCAAAGUACUGCCAUUCUUUUUUGAUUGUGUUAUGACAUUCAGACUAAGCAUAUUUUAGAAUGCUUCUGACAGAAAGCUGUUUUGGUUUGACUGAGGUGGCUCACUGCCAACUCCAGGUCAUUCAGUUGCCCCAUGGAACACCACCUCUCUCUUCUGUUUCAAGUUUUGAGUAAUUUGGAUUCUAUCCAAAUGGCCCAUUUUGUUCAUUGUUUCUGAAGGUCUUCCACAAUUUAAUUCCUUAGCUUUAGAAUGUGAAUCACAAUGCUGGGUUCACAUUUUCUGCUUGAGACCCUUGACUCUUAUUGUACUACAGAAACCAUAGAAUCUGUCAGUUCCAAGAUCACAGAAUCCAGCAGCAAAGUGGAUCAGUAUGGCAAUGGUUUUGUGACAAAAGGAAGGUCCAGACUGCUAAACCUCAAAGUGAUAAAGGACAUGGAUGCUUAAGAAAAUGCAACUUUGACUUGAUCAUAAUGUUAAUGGUGUGAAGAUCAAGGAGAGGAGAAAGCUCAGUAUCUUCCCAAAUGUCUCUUUCUUCACACUUAAGACUUCCACAGAGAUCACAAGCCUUCAGGCCCUACAAUUCUCAGUGUUUCACUGUUGGACUGUUGAAGGAGCUGCUGAGUUCACUGUACAGGUAGACACUGGUGAGCUUUGCCCCAUCAGUUUUUCUCCCUCCUUCCCCACAAUCAUAAGUACAUAUGUUCCUUUAAAUUGCAUUAAGGUUUUUUACUUGCUUGCAUAGGGGUUUAUCAGUAUUACUGGGUUGAGUAUGAAGGAGCCCCAUUUCACAGACCAUUUACAUUCACAGCAACUGAAAAGAUCUGAUAAAACAAGGAGGAAAUGAUGGUUUUGGCCAGCUGUUAGGGCUGGCCUCUUUCAUACCACUUGAAUUCCUGUUUCUGGCUGUGGACAGUAGAUGCCUGUUGUUUGUCUGUUGGCAAAAGUGCAAUUUUCUCCCUUAAGCCUAUUCAAGUAGAUAGGUUCUCAGAUGUUUAGGUAGGAAGAAUCUGUUGAUUAGGGAUAGAAAGUGUGAUACAGCUGAGGAUAGUGCUGGGAAAAGUUACUGCUCUUUAUGGGUCUCUGGUGAGAAAAUCGUUUUUGAUCUGCCUUCCCUUUCUGAACAAAGCUCUUGUAGGGAUAGACUUCAGAGCCUAUCCCAUCAGUAACAAUUAUCUUCUCCCAACAACAGUGCACCUCAUUAAUGAAGGAAACAAACCUUGUGUAAAACAGGUGGUGUUGAUUUUUUAGGUCAGAAGCUAUCCAGCUGGCCUGUCCAACAACAGCAGCUAAGGUAUGAUUUGGAGGGGAAAGAAGGAAACAGCAAAUAACAGGAGUGUGUGUGCAUGCAUUUUUUUUUUUCCAAUAUAAGAUCUUACAUCUUAGUAUCCCAUUCCAUUUUUGAUGCACAUGACAAAUGACAUGCUUAUUUUCUGAAGGGAUUUGAACUGGUUUUUGGAGAGUCUUCAAAGGAGUGAUUAUAAAUAAUACUGCUCUAUCAUACAAAUUAUUAGUACAUAUUUGUCAACUAGGACUCCAUCCUGUUCUUGUACAGAAGGGGUUUUAAAAGAAUGGAAAGCUUUACAAGGACAGGUACUGAGUGUCCUUGUCCUGAGGAGUCUUCCCUGGACAGGAAAAUAGGAGCUGUGGGAGUAAUUCUCAUCAGUAGUCUGUUAGCCUCUGAUAGUUAGAAGAAACCUUGCAAAAAGCAUGUAUAUGAUAGCCCCUUAUGUAAUUUACCUUUGGAUAUGUAGUAGUUUAAAAUACAUAUGCAUACAUACAUUGAUGUAUGUACCUCAAGAAAAUGGAGACAUGACUGUAGUUGUUUGCACAUAGUUCUUUAAUACAAUUUUAUUUACACUUAUCUGUAAAUAUCUGAUGCAGAUAUUUUAGGGCACAUGUAAUCAGAUCUUUUAAUGUGGAUAAUUGGAAUUCAUGUUCUUACUACAACCAUCCUUCAUUCUCUGCAGUGUGGCUCAGUUGGUCAUUUUGCAUGUACUGGAUUCUGUUAAUGACAUUCUGCCUGUUUAAACAAGAGCAUGCUGUUCUAAGCAAAUUAAAUUUCUCACUCUUCCUGAUCUCUUUUCUAACAGGGAUUGAUAUGGCUCAUCAUGAAAAUCUGUUUGUAGUAUAAGUGCUUUCGUAAGAGUUGAUUUCUGGGUCCUCACUAGGAAGGAACUAGAGAGCAAAAGCUUACAUACUAUUGGAUCUGCCAUUUGGACAUUUGUGUAAUGUAUUUGGAUUUCUAUAGCAGGACAGUUUCAAUACAGCAUAAACUGCCACUAAAAGACUGUAAAAAUUUCAACUCUCUCCCUUGUUUAAGUGUUGACAGCUCAGUGGCUCCAGGAAAGAUGACAGAAUAUUUCUGCUCUUUGGAGAACAGUUUCUGUCUUUAGAUAUUAUUUAAAACAUAAUGGGGUGUGGCAAUCGAAUGGCAGUAGGAGAGCCUGAAACAGAGAGGUGUGUGUUGGCAGAUCAGUGAGAGAGGGGGAAGUUCAGUCCCAGUAUCCUUGUGCCAGACUAACAUUCUUGGUGCUAAGUGCUGAAAGCAUCCUUGACAAACAGUGAUUGUCUUUGUGCUGACAUAGCUGUUCUUUCUGCUUGCCCAUUCAAGAAGUUCUACAAGCCUUCAAGGAACAUGGAGAGCAUGAAGGUGUGUAAGAUCUUAUGAGAGGACCUGCAGGAAUGAAACAGAGGAGAUUAAAGUUUGAUGACAUGACUUCUAUGUAAUGCACUUUCUUUGGUGGGAGGAAGAGGAUUUUUCCAAUAGAGAAUAAAAAACAUGAAGCAUUCCAAACUAUCGCUCAAAACCACCAUGCUCAGGGCCUGAAAGGAUCACUUACCUCUGAGAGUACUCCAGAUUACUGUCAAGAGACCAGAGCAGAAAACAGAAGAGGAAGACAAGUUUGCAAAAAACUGCUUGCAGGAGAUAGAAAACUCUCAAAGUUACAGCUGAAGAUUGCAAUUUCUUAUGGCUGAAAUGGCUCACUUUAGAUGGUAAAUGGUUUUUUUGAUAUACUGCUUUUUAAUUGUUGAUUUUGUUACUAUUUAUCUUUUGUUACUAUUUAUCUAUUUUGUCUGAGCUCACAUCUAAUAAAAGCUGGAAUGGUAA